UUCUCCAAUUGAUUAACCGAGUUUGAUUUAUUUAAAGUCUAUGUUUCGAUAUUUACCAAAAAUUGUGGUUACUCGCCAUUUCUACAGCAAUGUAUCUCGACUAUCAACAAAAUCAUCACCAUUACCAUCACUUUCUGCCACUACAAGUUCACCAUCUCAUUUAUCAACACAAUUUACUGGUGAUCGACCCUCAUUAACACUACCGGAAGAUUGUGUGAAACAAUUAAAACAAACAAGCGAAGAUGGUCAACCAUUUACAUUGAAAAUCCGAGGAGAUGAAUCUGAAAAAAUAAGAUGCAACUUGGAACUGGUUGAUGGUCAAGAUGAAGUAAAACUUGAAUGGAGACCAUUGGAAGAUCCAAAUGGUCUCAAGUCAAUUAAUUAUUACCUUAAAUUAAGUAAAUUUAGAUUAACCAGUUUAGUUGUUUUGACAACUUUAGCUGGUUACACUAUGGGUUGUUCUAGUUUCGAUCCGAUUGUCGCUAGUGCUUCUUUAAUUGGUACUGGUUUAACUUCUGCCGCUGCUGCGAGUUUGAAUCAAUUCUUGGAGAUACCUUUUGAUUCACAAAUGAUGAGAACUCGAAAUCGUCCUCUAGUCCUUGGUCAACUAUCUUCCGGUCGGGCUUUCUCAUUCUCAAUCAUUUCCGGUACCAUUGGACUGACCACAUUGGCGACUUUUGUUAACCCAUUGACCGCCGCACUUGGUGCUUUCAAUUUAGUCCUUUAUUCAUUUGUAUAUACACCAAUGAAACGAGCAAAUAUCGCCAAUACUUGGGUCGGAUCCAUUGUCGGUGCGAUACCUCCAGUAAUGGGAUACACAGCGGCGACAAAUAUGAUCGAUUUACCAUCAAUACUUUUAGGACUAAUAUUAUAUUCGUGGCAAUUUCCCCAUUUUAACGCUUUGUCCUGGAAUAUUCGUCACGAUUAUGCAAGAGCCGGAUAUCGAAUGAUGUCCGUUACAAAUGAACAACUCUGUGUACGAACUGCCUUACGACACGCUUACCUUUUGACCGCUUAUUCGUGCUCAAUGUCGGCACCUUUUGUUGGACUUACAAAUUACGCUUUUCUAGCCGGUUCUUUACCUCUCAACAUUUAUCUAAUUUAUCUGAGUUAUAAAUUUUAUCAAACACCCAAUGCAACAACUUCUAGGAAACUUUUUCGUUACUCUUUAAUUCAUUUACCAGCACUAAUUAUUUUGAUGCUUAUCACUAAAUCAACCAAAUCACAACAACAACAACAAAUCAUAACAUCAACGGAAAAGUUAACAUAACUCUGAACAUAGUUUAUUAGCCAAAAAGUAAAUUAAAAGAAUUGAUUUUUGUUUCUGUUAAAAACAA